CAACAAUAAACCGAUUACAAGUAUCGGUGUACUUGAAGGCAGAAGCAAUAAUGAAGCCGACACAUCUGUUGCUGAUUCUAUUCUACGCAAUCUUUUUCGCACGAAAUGUCGAGGGAGCUAGAAUACUGGGAGUGUUUCCCUUGCCAGGAAAGAGCCAUUUCGCAAUGUUCAAAGAAGUGAUGAAAAGUCUUGCCAAGGCUGGGCACCAGGUCGACAUGGUUAGUCAUUUUCCUCAGAGGAAUGUACCGCCAACUUACAAGGAUAUGAUCACUUUAGAAAGCAUUGGUCCUACAAUCGUCAAUAACAUGUCAUAUGAGUUGGUGAAAGCCUUUGGUGGUGCGGACUUGCAAGGUCUAGUUCAAUUGACUGGAAACGAUAUUUGUGAAGGCCUUGGACAAUCCAAGGUUCAAAAUUUGAUAAGAAACCCGCCAAGUGAUCCACCGUAUGAUUUAGUCAUUACAGAGUUGUUCUACGCGAGCUGCUACUUUGCCUUCGGAAGGCAUCUGAAUGUUCCGGUAAUUGGUCUAUCCUCUUCAACGAUAGUGCCUCAGGCCAACGCACCACUUGGCAACCCCCUGAACACAGCCAUUGUAUCCGAGAUCUCCGAUCGUCCGGCGUCUUACAUGAACUUCUGGCAGCGACUCACGAACACUUUGACCACCGUGUACAUGAAUAUACAAUCUAGAUAUUACAUGAAAGUACAGAACGAUAUCGUCAAAAAGUACUUCGGGCCAGGCAUGCCUGACGUCGAAAAGCUGGAAGGGGACAUGUCCUUACUCCUGAUCAACACCCACCCCAUUUUUCAUGGCAUUCGACCGUUGACUCCGGCUGUUGUAGAGGUCCCAGGUCUGCAUAUUCAUGAUGACAACUCGACAAUACCUGCGUAUUUAAGGAAAUGGUUGAGCGACAGCAGCGACGGUUUCAUCUACUUCUCGUUCGGCUCGUUGGUGAUGUUUGAAUCAUUUCCGAGUGCGGAUCUGGCUGAGAUAUACGCGGCAUUUGCCAAGGUUGCACCACUUCGGAUUCUCUUGAAAGUAUCGGAUCCCAAAAAACUACCACGUGGAUGGCCCAACAACGUGUUGCCUUUGCAUUGGGUUCCACAAGUACAAGUUUUGAAGCACAAAAAUAUACGGGGCUUCGUAACGCACGGCGGUUUGAUGGGACUUCAAGAAGCAGUGGCCUACGGUGUGCCAUUGAUCGGCAUUCCUCUAUUCGGCGAUCAAAUGGGUAACAUAAACAUUUGCGUGGAGAGAGGAAUCGCCGUACGUUUGGAUUACAGAAAUUUAAAGGCAGAUAAGAUUGUUGCAGCCAUUAAGACUGUUACCCAAGAUCCUAAGUAUAAAAAGAACAUGAUUGCAGUGUCGAAGCAAUUCCUGGAUAGACCGAAGUCUCCACACGACACAGCAGUUUUCUGGAUCGAGUAUAUCCUGAAACACGGAGCAGAUUCUUUGCGAUCGCCAGCCACUAAGUUGACGUGGUGGCAAGUAGAGUUACUGGACGUCUACGGUGUCGUGCUUGCUCCACUUUUGCUCAUUCUCUACAUCAUCAAGUUUAUUUUUUCAACAAUUCUUGGUCGCGUUUUUCGACCAAGUGCAUCAUUACCACUGUCGAAGAAAACGAAUUGAAGCUAAAAUAUCAUUCGGAUCUUUUCUCACAUUACUUGUGACAUUGGUACACGAUCAUCACUCGUUGCAGAUUAUGUCGAAUAGGGAACUUGUGUGCUCCUCAACGA